AUGGGACACACAUCCCCCUGCAGCUUCACCACCAACUUCAUCAUCAUCACCAUCUCUGUCCACAAUCAUUACCUGUCUGGAGUCACCAACCUUGGUGUGAGAUCUGACCCUCAGCUUACCUUUGAGGGUCAUGUUAAACAGGUCUGCAAAAACUCCUUCUACCACAUCAAAAAUAUUGCCAAACUUCAUCCAACAUUCACCCUUUCUGAUGCUGAGAAGCUUGUCCAUGCCUUUGUCUCCUCCAGACUGGAUUACUGUAACACACUUCUCAUCAGGAUCCCCAGCAAGAGCCUCCUACAAAACAGCGCUGAGAGGAUCCUGAUUAGAUGCAUCCACGGCAAUGCCCCCCCUUACCUGAAAGAUCUGGUCACCCCACAAACCACGUCACGGUCCCUCCGCUCCACACACUCCAACCAUCUCCGUCCCCCCGGGACUAAGCUACACACCGUGGUGGAUCAGGCCUUUUGCUCUGCUGCCACUCUGGCAGCUCCAGACUUAUUGGACCCUAAAUCCGCCACUCACAACAACAAGCCCCGCCUCUCCUUCUCCACAAAGCCAAUCACACUGACUCCCCGAGAGGAGAGUGAGGUGGUUGCCACAGUGAUGAAAUGGAAGACGGUGUCGGCCAUCUUUCUUUUGGUGGUUCUGUACCUGGUGAUUGGAGCAGCCGUCUUUAGAGCCCUGGAGCAGCCUCACGAGAGUGCCCAGCGUUUGGCCAUUCUGUCCCAGAAGCUGGAGUUCCUGUCCAGACAUUCCUGCGUCAACCACAGCCAGCUGGAGGAGCUGGUUAAGCAAGUUGCGUCUGCUAUCCGUUCAGGAGUGAACCCUGCAGGGACACUGACCAACCACAGCAGCCUGUGGGACCUGAGCUCCGCCUUCUUCUUUGCCGGGACUGUCAUCACAACUAUCGGUUUUGGGAACAUCUCCCCCCACACAGAAUGUGGAAGGAUUUUCUGUAUCAUCUAUGCGUUGCUAGGGAUACCUCUGUUCGGCUUUCUUUUGGCUGGUGUAGGAGAUCAGUUUGGCACCAUCUUUGGCAAGGGUAUCGCCAGAGUGGAGAAAAUGUUUGUGCACUGGAACAUUACUCAGACAAAGAUUCGGGUCAUCUCCACCCUUCUGUUUGUGCUGUUUGGCUGCCUGCUGUUUGUCGCGCUCCCAGCAGCCAUCUUUAAACAUAUUGAGGGUUGGUCUGCACUGGAGUCCCUUUACUUUGUGGUCAUUACCCUGACUACCAUAGGAUUUGGAGACUUUGUGGCAGGUGGCUCUGAAAUAGAGUACUUAGAUUACUAUAAACCAGUUGUAUGGUUCUGGAUUCUGGUGGGACUGGCCUACUUUGCUGCCAUCCUCAGCAUGAUAGGAGACUGGUUCAGAGUCAUCUCAAAGAGGACAAAAGAAGAGGUCGGAGAGAUCCGAGCUCACGCUGCAGAGUGGACAGCAAAUGUCUCAGCAGAGUUCAAAGAAACACGGCGACGUGUUAGCAUUGAGAUCUACGACAAGUUCCAGCGUGCCACCUCAAUUAAACGUAAACUGUCCUCUGACUUGGGAUCCAGCCCCGGCCCUGAGAUCACUCUGCCUAAGAGGUCUGUGUUGGUCAAUUUCAACGAUGAACGAGACAGGAACGAGAAGGAGGCCGGGCUGCAGGGCCUGACGACACCUCUGGCUAGAAACGGCGGUUUGUUCAUGAACGGUUUGGACCCGGAGAGAGGAGACAUCUCAGUCAAUGAACACCUCAAGUAG